AUGGCGAAGAGAAAGUCUCCAGAAAAUACAGAGGGCAAGGAUGGAUCCAAAGUAACUAAACAGGAGCCCACCAGACGGUCUGCCAGGUUGUCAGCGAAACCUGCUCCCCCCAAACCUGAACCUAAACCAAGAAAAACAUCUGCUAAGAAAGAACCAGCAACAAAGGUUAGCAAAGGUGUUAAAGGGAAGAAGGAGGAGAAGCAGGAAGCUGGGAAGGAAGGUACCGCAGCACCGGCUGAAAAUGGUGACACUCAAGCUGAAAAGGCACAGAAAACUGAAUCUGUAGCUAACAAGGGAGAAUGA